UAAUUAGUUAGGGUUCUCUUUUUAAUCUCAACUGUCUUGUCUGACCGUCUGUUUCUCAAGUACCCUAAGCUUCUCCCACUGCCCAUGAACAACCUUUGCAGUGUUUCAUGUCAGAAUAAUAAUCUCUCUUAAUAUUCCUGUUUCUCCACUCUCUCUCGCUAAGAACAUACAGAAGCUCCGGUAAAAAGCUUUUUCCAAAAUUUCCUUUCACAGUUAACAUUCAUAUACCCAUUCAUUAAACCAAAACCAACAAAACUACAUAAUAUUUGAUUCUCUCUCUUUUUCUCUCCUCAUGGAUUUGCAUCUAAAGCAAUGGAGAGACCACCGGCAUGAGUCAGAACAACAACAACAACAACCACCUUCAGCAAAGAUUCCAAAACUCUUUCUUGAUUUACCCCAUGAACCUGAUCAGCAACAUCAACAAGACCCAUCAGCUCUUCCUUUGUUUGCACCUGAACCCACCAGUAAAGUCAGCAACUUGUCAGCAUUUUCAGAUUCAACCACCAGAUUUCCCAAGAUGGGAAGUUACUUUAGCUUGACUCAGUGGCAGGAGCUUGAGUUGCAGGCUUUGAUCUACAGAUACAUGUUAGCUGGUGCUGCUGUUCCUCCUGAACUUCUCCACCCAAUCAAGAAAAGCCUUCUUCAUUCUCCUUAUUUUCUCCAUGACCCUCUUCAACAUCAUUAUCCUCAGUAUUAUCCAGCUGCUUUGUUGCAAUCAGGGUACUGGGGAAGAGGCGCGAUGGAUCCAGAGCCGGGGCGGUGCCGGAGGACAGAUGGAAAGAAAUGGAGGUGCUCAAGGGACGUGGUGACUGGCCAUAAGUAUUGCGAGCGCCACAUGCACCGCGGCCGUAAUCGUUCAAGAAAGCCUGUGGAAAUCCCCACACCCACCACCACCACCAUUAAUACAGUUGGUGUUGCUGGUGCAGUUGGGACUCUCAAAACCACCACCGCUACCUCCAACGCAACGCUUGCUUCUUCACCACUAGGCGUGGUGGCCAAUGGGCCUGAUUUUGGUCUUUCAGGACCUUCGUCUUCUGUUGAACUUCUUCAUUUCAAUCAAAGUUCCAAACCUGAUAAUAAUAAUAGAUCGGCUGGCCACAUUUUAAGGCAUUUUUUUGAUGACUGGCCGAGAUCACUUGAAGAACCCAACAAUGCUGCAAGCAAUGCCAGCACUCGCCUCUCCAUUUCAAUGCCCGGAAAUUCAUCAUCGGAUGUCUCCUUGAAACUGUCUACUGGCGAUGGAGAAGCAACAGGUCACCAAGGCAGUGAAAGAGAGGAAUCCCAUCUUAAUUGGGCCACCGGAUGGGCCACAAAUCAGAUGGCUUCAAUGGGAGGCCCACUGGCGGAGGCACUGCAAUCUUCCGCAUCUAAUUCUUCACCGACAAGCGUUCUUCAUAAGUUGCCCCAGAGCUCUACUUCUGAAUCUAGUUUCGUUACCACCUGAAUUUAAUUUUUUUGAAACUAAAAUAAUCUAGUUUGCAUUUUCUUUUGGCUUUUCUUUCUGUUGCUUACACUUUGAUGAUGAUUGCUUCAUGUAUAAAUAAAUAGUGUGUGCACGGGUGAUGUUUGAUUGCCUUUCAAUUA